AUGAGCUUCUUCUCUUUCGGUGAUCUGCCUACCAUCCAGACCCGCAAGGCUUUGCUGCUACUCGACUUUCAAAAUGAUUUUGUGCGCCCCGCCGGCGCCUUGCACGUCGCCAACACUGCCGAUAUCCUCGAGUCCGUCCCCCAGCUGGUCGCCGCCUUUCGUCGCGUCGGCGAUGUAAUCUGGGUCCGAUCGCAGUAUGAUUCCCCCCAGGGGCUGGACGACUGGAACUUUGGCGACCGCAUCGUCUUGGAAAAGCAACCCCCGAGACGGGUACCGGUACCUACUUCCGACAUUAUCGAAGCUUCCUCCGACCGCGACUCUCCCGAACCCGUUGACCCCGAAGCUUUUCUUUCCGGUCGUGCUGCCAUGGCCUGCUCCCCACAGACUUCCGGCUUCCAAUUCCCCGCGCCUAUUCUCGCUGCCCUCGACCGGGAGCGAGACACCGUCCUGGACAAGUCGGGUUACUCGGCCUUGGAGUCAGAGGGUCUCGUUUUCUCAUUUCGAUCCCGGUUCAUCACGGAGAUUUAUCUUUGUGGCUCACUCUCCAAUGUGUCCGUCUAUGCGACCGCCUGCGAUGCCGUGCGCAACGGUUUCUCAGUAACCCUCAUCGAAGACUGUCUCGGCUAUCGGGACUUCCAACGCCAUCAAGAGGCCAUGCGGCGCAUGGCGGAUAUCCUUGGAGCAACAGGCCUAGAUGCACGCGAGCUGAUUCAGGAGUUGGACUGGCAGGAAACCCAUGCCAUCGCGAAAGGCGGUUCCCAACCAAAACAAAGAGCGACCGUGCCGGCUGGCAUCGAGGGCUUUAUGGAUAGCUUAGGGGUUCAGGCGGACGAUACCAUUCCGGAAGAAAACCCCGAUGAUGACAUGCGCAGUUUGACCGAGCUGGCCUCACUCACUCGAUCGCACCGGAUGACAGCUGGAGGUUCUCAGCCUCGCUCGGGAGGAAUCGAGGGCAAGAAACAUGUACGCGCUCGAGUGCGCCGCCCGAAACGUCGUGAGCCAAACCCUGAUGCCGCGAAUGGGAAACCUAGCAACAGCAUUGGAGAAGGUGAUUCUCGUCUUAUUCCCGAUCUUGAUAUACCUGCAGAUUGCUUUGCGCGUAUUCACGCAGAAGUCUCCUGGCAGAAGAUGUACCACCUAUCAGGCCAGGUGCCUCGAUUGGUAGCGGUACAAGGAGCCAUCCAGCCAGAUGGAUCGAUGCCGAUCUAUCGACACCCAGCCGAUGAAUCUCCGCCCUUGAAACAAUUCACACCCGCAGUGGAUCAAGCAAGGAUCGCAGUCGAGCGCAUUCUUGGUCAUCCUUUAAACCAUGCACUCAUUCAACUUUACCGCGACGGAAAUGACUCGAUCUCCGAGCACUCGGAUAAGACACUCGACAUCGCUCGGGGCUCAUACAUCUGCAAUGUGAGUCUAGGCGCUCAGCGUGUCAUGGUCCUCCGCACCAAGACGUCUGCGAGCGAGGCCAAGGAAAAGGAAGGCCAGGAAGUGGUUCGCGCGACACAACGUGUCGCCCUCCCGCAUCGAUCACUCUUCGUUCUCGGCGAGAAAACGAACAUGCGUUGGCUACAUGGAAUUCGACCGGAUAAGCGACCAGACGCGGCCAAAGCACCCGAGGAGAAAGCAUACGGCGGCGAACGCAUCUCGAUUACAUUCAGGUACAUUGGCACAUUUGUUGACCCGGCAGCCAACCUUAUAUGGGGCCAAGGAGCUGUGAGCAAAUCGAGAGAAACUGCUCGCCCAGUGAUUCACGGCGAUGCCGCGCAGACAGAGAGAUUGAUCUAUGCAUUUGGACAAGAAAAUCGUGCUACAGAAUUCAGUUGGAGCGGAGUAUAUGGCAGCGGAUUUGAUGUUGUCAACUUUGUCACUCCAUCAACGUCACGUUUGACGCUGGGUGGCGAUGCAGUAGCUGAUCUCAGGGUGCGUAUGGGUCUGGGGGAGAGCGGGAUCCGAUAUGAGGCGAGUGCCAACCUCGUCGUGGAUCUUACUGAAAACGACUACAAUUCUACCAAACAGCCAAUUUUUACGGGCUCCGAUGGUAAUACUGUCGUUGGCGACUUGAAUAUAUUGAAAUGUCUUGCCGAGCGGCCCGCUGAAUCUGUCCGCCCUGGUCUCGAGAUACUUCGAGGUGGCAGUCACGUCCUAUGGAUAGAAGAGAUAUUUUCUUGCUGGCGUAAACACCGCCAGAGCAAUUCUGGGACCAUUUUUGAUUUCGGGCUCAGUAUGUUUGAUCGCGCCCUCGAUGGACAACAUUACCUCGGAGGCUCAACAUUCGGCAUUGAUGAUUGCGCGUUAUGGCCAGUUUUGCGAGAGAUCUGUCAGGCUCAGGGCCCCUUUGAAAAUCGAUUCCCAAAUCUGCACCAAUACUAUCAACGCGUCGAGAAACGAGGCAUCGUCCGAUCCAUCCUCGAGGAAUUACGCUGA